AUGGCGCUCCCAGGGGCCCACCGUGGGGCGGCAGCGCCUCCAGGGGUUCUUCUUAAGGUCAGUGGCACCUUCAAGGGAACUCCCAGGGGCUGCAGUGUCCCAAGGGGCUCUCCCAGGGCUGGCUGCGCCCCUAAGGGCCCUCUCAGGGACAACGGCGCUCACAGGAGCACUCCAGGGGGCAGCGGCGUCCCCAGGGGCGAUGGCGUCCCCAGGAGCCUUCCUAGGUGGAGAGAUGGCGGAUCCUCUAGGGGCCUUCCCAGGAGGGUGGUGCCCCCAGUGGCCCUCCAAGGGCCGGCGGCGCCCCCAGGGGCCCUUCAAGGGCCGGUGGCGCCCUCAUCGGCCUCACCAGAGGCAAUGGCGCCUCCGGGAGCCCUUCCAGGGGGGGUAGCGCCCUCUAGGGCCCUCCCAAAUGCAUCGGCGCCCCCAGGGGCCUACCCAGGGACUGCGGAGUACCAUGGGCUCUCUCAGGGGUGGUGGCACCCCCAGUGGCCUUGCCAGGGGCGGUGGUGUCCCUAG